AUGGAGAAGCGGCGCAGGCCGCUGCCCUUGGCGUACGCCAUGGAAGGAGAAGAAAUGGAGGAGCGUCUCAUCCUCAAGCCGCACCUCUCCGGCCCGCGCCUCGAUCUCAGCCAGGCCAAUCAGCAAAUGAUCGAAUCAGAGGGCGAGGAGCAGGAGGAGCAAGAGGAAGACGAAGCGACCUUCUUGCAGAACCUGUCCAAGAAGGAGCGCAAGCUGCUUCUCCACUACUUCAAGAAGGAGGAAAAGCAAAAGGGCGACGGCAAGAAGCGAAAGCGACGAAGCAGCUCCAAAAAGGACAAGAAGAAGAAAAAGAAGAGGCGCUCUAAGCACUCCUCCUCAUCUUCCUCGUCUUCUUCCUCCUCUUCGUCAUCGGCGACUUCCUCGUCUUCCGACGACGACGAAGACCGCGCCGCCAGACGCGCCAAGGAGGCAGCAGCCCCCGAGCCAAGCAACGGAGAUGAAGCGCGGCGCCGGCGCGAUCGCGAUGAGGGCAGUAGCAGCGCGGGCAGGUCCUACGUGGACAAAGCGCGCGGGGAGAGGGAGGCGGGCGACCGAAGGGAGCGAAGGGAGGCGGAGAGGAGCCGCGCCAGAGACAGGCCCGACGCGGACAGUGAGCUGCGCAGUGAGCGCCGCGUCCGGGAGAGGGAACGAGACGACCGCGACCGCGACCGCGACCACCACCACGAGCGAGACCGGCCGAGGGAGCGGGGCCGGGACACGUCAGACAGAGACGACAGGGAUCGGGACGACAGAAGCGGAGGAGGCCGGGAGAGGGAGCGCAGCAGAGACCGGGACAGGGGCAGAGGGAGGGAGCGGGAGCGGGAGCGGGAGCGUAGUAGUAGGAGCCGAAGUCGGGAGCGGAGGAGGGAGCGCGAUGACGGCGGCAGGGACAGGCGGAGGUGA